AUGCCAUCAACGCACAUCUGCCCACAACAAGUCGAGGAAGCCUUCGCAGCUGGUAUGACGAUGAUGAUUGGGGGCAGGACGGGGCCCAGUGCAGAGACGAACACUACGACGUGUACUGUCCGGGCGAGCUCGGAAUCCGAGUACGACGAUACUCAGACCACAUCAUUCAUAUCUGUGCCAAUUGAUGGCUCUUGCACAUACACCAACCAGCGGGGCACGCAUUCAGAGGAGCAGGGCAGGGCCAAAGUGGCGGGGAGGGAGGAUGGGGUAGACAAUGGAUGGGGUAGUACACACGUGUGCUGUGGCUAG